AGUCAUUCGAGUUGACAUUUGUGUGAAAAUUAAUAAACGCAAACGACUUUGGAAUAGAAAUAAGUACUAUUUCUAGUGGUGGACAAAUUUUACAGAAAAAUUUCGAGACAAUUCAGGAAUUUAUAGUGUAUAAAAUGUGCUUGGUAUUGGCGCUGGAACACAAAAUUGUGUGUUAAGCUGUGUACGUGUCGGAGCAGAUGGUGAUAGGCACACAUCUAAUUGAUUUCUCCAAUAAGGGGCCUUCAAAAUCUUUGAAAUAUACAUAUAUAUAUAUAUAUAUAUAUAUAUAUAUUUAUAUAAAAAUAUCUAUAUUAACUGUGCCGGCGCAUCACUUUUCGCUGUGGUUUGUGGGCGUUCAAUGCGAUACAUUUGUUGACAUUUUCUGAUCAUCACCAAAUUACGUUGAUCACAACACAAAAUUUUGACGUAUUUUCCCAUUACCACUAACUGAAGCUCUGUUGCUUGCAGAGAUCAGCAAUACGUUGUAUACCACUCAACCUUAUAUACUCAUACAACAUGGCGACGGGUGAGUUAGCUGAUGCCAUUGAACUGGAGAACGUCAAACAACAAUCAGCAUCGUCGCCAACAUCUUCAACUGUGCCAACAACAGUUGACACUGAUGGCAAUGUUGCGCCAUCAUCUUCAAAACCCACCACACCAACGCCACCAACACUUGCUGUCAACACUGUCAGUUUAGCACCCUUUGCCGCACCGGAUAUGAAAUUGUCGAACGAAGAGACCCUAGCACAGCUACAGGAUGUACAUCAAAGCACAAAUGCCGUAAAUAGUAUAUCAGCAGCUGUGCCAUCCACCUCACGCAGUAUUUACAGUGAAGCAGCAGCUGCGGCUGGCGGCGAUGAGUCUACACGCCUGAUGCAGGCUGAAUUGGCGGUCAAUGCAGCACAGCAACAGCGUUUGCGGAGUGCCAGCUCGACGUUAGAUGCCAGCGUGUCGCGCAAUCCAUCGGCGGCGGGCAAACAUGAGAAGAAAAUUGGGCAUAGGCGAGUCGAUGAAGGCGGCGAGGUGACAUAUAAGCGCAUACAAUCUAAACAAAUAAUGGGUUCCAUACAGUUGGGCAUACAGCAUACGGUUGGUAGUUUGGCGAGCAAGCCUAAGCGUGAUCUACUCAUGAAAGACUUUUGGGAAAUGGAGACAAUUGCAUUUCCACCUGACGGCUCAUCGAUAACGCCGGCACAUCAUUACAGCGAAUUUCGCUUUAAGGUGUAUGCACCCAUAGCGUUUCGCUACUUCCGUGAUUUGUUUGGUAUUGCACCCGAUGAUUUUCUCAUGUCGAUGUGCGCCUCACCGCUGCGCCAGCUAUCCAACCCCGGUGCGUCUGGUUCGAUUUUUUAUCUAACAGACGAUGAUGAGUUUAUCAUAAAGACAGUGCAGAAAAAGGAAUGCGAGUUCUUACAGAAAUUACUGCCGGGCUACUAUAUGAAUUUAUCACAAAAUCCGCGUACGCUACUGCCAAAAUUUUUCGGUCUCUACUGCUUCCACUACAAUGCUAAGAAUGUGCGGCUGGUGGCGAUGAACAAUCUGCUGCCAUCCGAUAUUAAAAUGCACGCAAAAUACGAUUUGAAGGGCUCCACCUUCCGUCGGAAAGCAUCAAAGACAGAACGUCAGAAAGCUAGUCCAACCUUUAAAGACUUGGAUUUUAUGGAACAUCAUCCGAAUGGCAUUUUCCUUGAAACCGACAAAUAUAAUGCACUCAUAAAGACAAUACAGCGAGAUUGCAUGGUGCUGGAGAGUUUCCAAAUUAUGGACUACUCGCUGUUGGUGGGCAUACACAAUUUGGACUUGGCGCAAAAGGAGAAACGUGAGGAGCGCAUACGGAAUGCCCGCGCCAAAUUGCAACGCUCCGAAGAGGUGCGUGAAGCGCCGGAACCGCCAGAUUUCGAUCAAUCAAUGAAUGCUGGCUCUACGACAGCAUUGCAGGCGGCUGGCACCGCUUUGAAUCGUUCGCGCAGCAUGAACCGUCAGCGUUUGGUGGCGCAUUCUACGGCGCUCGAAUCGAUCACCGCCGACAUGGAUAUACCUAUGGAGGAGGAUGAAGAUGUGCCAGCGGGUGGCAUACCAGCGCGCUCCGAAAACGACGAACGUCUAAUUCUAUAUAUUGGUAUUAUUGAUAUAUUGCAAUCGUAUCGCUUGGAGAAGAAACUCGAGCACACAUUCAAAAGCAUUAUCUAUAACGGUGAUACCGUAUCCGUGUGUCGGCCGUCAUUCUAUGCGCAACGCUUUCAAAAUUUCAUGGGCAAAACGGUAUUCAAAAAGACGCCCACCUUUCCGCUGAAACAUUCCCCAUCGAAACGUAAGAGUUCAACAACGUUGCGCACACCACAGCGUACGCCAUCACUGAAUUUAGCCUCACACACACGACCGCCGUUACUGUCUGGCUCCUCAACGCCACCACCUGCCUUCGAUGAUAUCUCCGAAGAAGAUAUAACCGCAACACCGUCCACAACAGGUGGUAUGUAUCGUAAUUCCGGUUUGAGUGGAGCCGAGCGUGCACAAUUCGCACCACAACGUUCCUAUAUGAGUUCGAAUCGCAGCGCAAUAAGUAGCGCAACCGACGACUACAGUGACGAUGAGGUGGCAUCGAGCAGUGGUGCGCGUUCACCCAUACGGCGAGCGCGUUCACCACGUCUCUCCAAAACCGACGUGCAGGUAACGACAAUCGGUUGUGUAGAAGAUGCGCCAGAAGUGCAUUACGCACACGAUGGAGACAAUAACACCGUGAUGUUGAAUCAUAAGGCCGGCGUGCUGAUGAGUAGCACUGAGGAAAUCAAUGCGAAUGGCACACAGCAGGUGACACGUAAGACGACUGUUGUCAAAGCAGUGCAAUCACAAACAUACACAACCACACUUGUGUUGAACGAUGUCAGAUGAGUUGAGUGCCGCCAGUACAGUUAUAAUGAAGCGUCAGUGGUGUGCAAGAAUGACGUAGUAGCGAAAGGGUAUGAAUAACAAGCAUACUUACAUACACACAUAUUUACCCGCUGUGAAUAUUUGAAAGAGAGCGGUCGAUCACGCAGUCGGUUGGGAACGAAAAUGUCAGACAUCAGCAACAAAGUGCGCUUAUUGCUCUACCUUCUUUAUUUAUGUACAAUAUAAUCGCUUAUUUAUUAGAAUUAGUGAAAUAGCUGUGAAAAAACCUUAUACAAUGUCUGCAAUUUUGUCCGGCCUAUUCUGCCUUCGGCUAGGGCAAUCAACUUGCUGACUUUUUGGCAUACACAAUUCUUCUAAUUCAAGGACAAAACGUCGUUUUUUGCUCUUUUCUUCGUAAAAAGCUCAUAUUCAUUGACCAGUCGCAUUUUUAUGUUGAAGUUGAACAAAAGUAUUGCGGCGUUGGCAAGGUCCGCUGCUUCGAAAACCACUCAGAAAGAAAAGUAAACUGAACACAAAAAAUGUACGAAAACUGUAUUUUACUUAUUUUAAGCUUUACAUUUUCUUUAGUAUUAUUUCUUUAAUUGCUUUAUUUACAUUUUUUUAUUAUUUAUUAUAUAGGUCCACUGGUAAUUAAUUAUUGCUAACAUUUAUAUUGUUUAAAAGUUUACACUUUUUGUUAGGCGCAUAUCUUUAUUUAAUUGACCAAUAGAGUGAGUGAAUUUUGUUUAUAAUUACAAUUGCAUAUACUGUUAUACAUCUUUUGAAAAAAAAAAACACAGCGAAAAAGCGCAGUUAAACCGCGCAUAUAUAGUAGGAAAAUAAUAAAUAAAAAAUAAUAAUAAAAAAAUUGCAGUGAUACGUUGAAAAUUUUUCUGUGUUUUUGUAAUUUAUGCAUGAAAGAAACAUUGUUAAAAAAAAAUAUUUAUACUUACUUCGUAUGCAAAAUGCGAUUUGAUAAAGUUUGAUGAUUAACAAUGGGUAUUAUUCGAAUAAAGUAACGUUUAUAUAAAUAGUAUAACUUUUAGCAUCGUUAUUAUUUAUUUAUAUGCAAACACAGGCAAAUGCGAUUGCAAAAACCCAAAUUACUGAUUGUAAAAAAAAAAA